CGGCUAAUUCGUUAACAGCAGCUUCGGAGUCUGGGCCUGAGGUCUGGAUCAAAACCUCCACCCGCACCUCAGCUUCGCAGCUUAUUCAAACUUCUCUUCUCUCCGUGUUUGAGCUGUUCCAAACUUCCAAGCUUAAAACAACUCUUCAACUCCCGAAUCACAAACCCUAAAUACCUUUUCGGUGCUUUUUGAAUUAUCCAUCUUCUAGUAAUUAACAGUUUUGAAGAGUCGGUUUGCUUAUUCGGCUAAGGCGAUGGCGCAGAGCAAUUGGGAAGCAGAUAAGAUGCUUGAUGUCUACAUUUAUGAUUAUCUGAUGAAAAAGAAACUGCUUGCCACUGCGAAGUCGUUUAUGACUGAAGGGAAAGUCUCGGCGGAUCCAGUAGCAAUUGAUGCCCCUGGUGGGUUUCUUUUCGAAUGGUGGUCUGUUUUCUGGGACAUCUUCAUUGCCAGGACAAAUGAGAAACAUUCAGAGGCUGCAGCAGCAUAUAUUGAGGCACAACAAAUUAAAGCAAAAGAACAAAUGCAGAUGCAGCAAUUUCAUUUAAUGCGUCAAGCUCAAUUUCAACGUAGAGAUCCGAAUCAUCCUUCACUUAGUGGUCCUGUAAGUGCUAUAACUUCUGAAGGAAUGCUUGGACAAUCUAAUGCCAGUGCACUGGCAGCAAAAAUGUACGAAGAACGUAUGAAGCAGCCAAACACAAUGAAUUCAGAGACAUCCCAACCCCUUCUUGAUGCUAGGAUGGCCCUUUUAAAACCAGCCGCAAGUCAUCCUAGUCAGUUGGUCCAAGGAAAUCACGGAAGUGUAUCUGCAGCACUACAGCAAAUUCAGGCACAAACUCAACAAACAACUGACAUCAAAAGUGAAGUUAACCUGAGUGCCUCCCAGAGGUCAUUGCCUAUGGAUCCUUCUUCAAUGUACAGCCAGGGAAUCAUGCAAUCAAAACCUGGAAUGGGAAAUGCAGGAUUGAAUCCUGGAGUUGGAGGUCUUCCAUUGAAGGGGUGGCCAUUAACUGGCAUUGAUCAAAUUCGACCGGGUUUAGGUGCACAAGUUCAGAAACCUUUCUUACAGAGUGCAAAUCAAUUUCAGCUUUUGCCGCAGCAACAACAACAGGUCUUGGCGCAGGUCCAGGCACAAGGAAACAUUGGUAAUUCACCAGUAUAUGGAGAUGUAGAUCCUCGAAGGUUUUCAGCAUUACCUAGAGGCCCUUUAAAUGCAAAAGAUGGCCAACCCACUGCAAAUGAUGGAUCUAUAGGUUCUCCAAUGCAGUCCACUUCAUCGAAGAUCAACAUGCCACCAGUACAACAGUCUUCUUCUCAACAACAAGAUCCUUUGCAGUCACAGCAAAUGCAACAGACUAACCGAAAAAGGAAGGGGCCUACGUCUUCUGGACCUGCUAAUAGUACUGGGACCGCGAACACAGUUGGUCCUUCCCCUAACUCUCAACCAUCAACUCCUUCAACACAUACUCCAGCUGAUGGGGUUGCUAUAUCAGGCAACUUGCAGCAUGUCAAUAACAUGUCGAAAGGCCUGAUGAUCUAUGGUUCUGAUGGAACUGGUCUUGCGUCAUCCACAAACCAACUGGAAGAUAUGGACCAUUUUGGAGAUGUUGGCUCCUUAGACGAUAAUGUGGAAUCCUUUCUCUCACCUGAUGAUGGAGAUGGAAGGGAUUUGUUUGGCUCAUUAAAACGAAACCCUUCUGAGCAUGCUGCUGAAACUUCCAAGGGUUUCAGCUUUGGUGAAGUGGGUUCAAUACGUAAAAGCAAUAGCAAAGUUAUUUGCUGUCAUUUCUCUUCAGAUGGGAAGUUAUUGGCUAGUGCUGGA